CAACAAUUCAUUCAUUUGUUCAUCCACCACAAUAGUCUUGCCGCUGCCCGUCAACCCGGCAAGACCCUUCACUGGCGUAUGCUGAACGUACGUCGACCGUACAAACCACUGUCUUCCUGACUAUCCUCUCUCUCCGUGCGACUCUUUCACUAGACGCCGCACAUCGAGCAACUAAUAGCCUCACCACCGAUCUUCGACUCUGAUCGUAUCUUUCCUCUUGCCAUAUCUUCAUAUCGCCCUCGCAACAACAUUCUCGACCAUGUCCUAUCUCAAGACGAGCUCCGCUUCUCACCUCUCGGCGCCCUCGCCAACGCCAUCUACCUCGUCCACCGGCGGUGGGAAGCGCAAGCGCGAGGAUGCCGCGCAAUCGAUCGUAUAUUCACAGCCGCAGGAGACAGGCACCGGCAGUCACUUGAUGACCCAGGUCACCUAUACGAUCGAGCACCUUCGCAAAGAACAACGUUGGUUGACCCUGCAGGAGAUUCUCGAUUUCCUGAAUCUGCAACAGUCGGCAAGCUAUGAACAAGACAAGCAAACACUCAUCGCCACUUUCCACAAGAAAGAUCCGAAAAACCGCAUCGAAUACGACGCGAAGACGAAGAGAUAUCGCUACAAGCCUAAGGUUCCUGUCCGGAAUGCCGAUGACCUCAAGUCUUUCCUGCAGAAGCAGAAGUCGGCCCAGGGUUUAUCGGUGAAAGAUCUCAAGGAUGGCUGGCCGAGUUGCCAGGAAGGCAUCACCAAGAUGGAACAAAAGAAGGAGAUUCUCGUCAAUCGCCUUAAGAAGGACAAUCAGGCCAAGACCGUUUGGAUCAACGACCCGACCUUAAUGUAUCCAAUGGAUACGGAGUUCAAGGAGGAAUGGCUCAGGAUCCAACUUCCUGCUAAUCCUGACGAUUUGCGCAAUCGACUUAUCAAAGCAAACCUCAAGCCUUCGAGCGCUCCACGGGAAGCCAAGACUGCGAAAGCAGAAAAGACGAAGCGGAAAGCAGCCAGGCGUGGCGGAAAGCAGACGAACACCCAUAUGGCUAACAUCCUCAAAGAUUUCUCGCACUUGCGAAAGUAAAGCUGUGUUUUCUGCAUUAUACUGGAGUUUGGAAAGCAUCACUAUCGGUGUUUUGGCGUUAGAAAACAUACCAUCAUUUAUCGUAGAACUUUCGGGGGGUCGUCUCAAUGAAACAAUUCAAUUUAUUUUCAGUGAGAAUAGAAUUCUGUGACCAUUC